GUAUUGACAUGAGUAGUUUCCCGCAAGGCCGACUCCACAGCCUGAGGCAUUGUUUUGCGAACGCAAUCGGGCCGCUUAUUGAAUUCUGCCAUCUCUAUCGCAAGUCGUGGACAUCCCAUUCAGUUACGCCAUAAAUAGGGACUGAGAAUGGUAGGUCCUUUAGGUCCCCGUGCCGACCGUAUCUACGCUCGCUCCUCGGUUCUUGCGCAAUUUCUGUACAAUGCUGGGCUUGCUUGGGUGGACAUGUCUCUGGUUGGUCAGCUGUAUGUUAUUACGGAACAUUCGUCGCCGAACCAUGGCAUCCGACGUACUGGAUCAGCUCCCUGGCCCGCCUGUAGGCUCGUUGUGGACAGGUAAGACCUUCUCUCGAGUUCAUCGGUCUCUGCGUAACGGAGCCACCGUAGGAAACAUGCACCAAUUCUUUGAUCGCCGAGGUCUAGAAUUUCAUGCGCAACUCGCUCAAGAUUAUGGUUCAGUAGUCAAGAUAAACGGGCCGUUCUGGCGGAGCAUGCUCUACCUUUUCGACCCCAAGGCACUCCAUAACAUCAUCAUCAAGCAACAAGCAAUUUUCGAGGAAGGGAGGAAUUUCAUUGAUGCGAAUCUGCUGGUGUUCGGUCCUGGACUCCUAGCUACCAUUGGCGAACAGCAUCGAAGGCAGAGGAAAAUGUUGAAUCCGUUGUUCAGUAUGGCUCAAAUGCGCCGCAUCCUUCCGAUAUUCUACACGGCUUCACAUACACUAUGUAAUGCCCUGAGCUCACGGCUCAAAGAUGGAUCGAGAGAGAUUGAUCUCCUUGAAUGGAUGAGCCGCGUCUCGCUUGAGCUGAUUGGACAAGGUGGCUUAGGUUACAACUUCGAUGCGUUCGCAGAAGACGUCAAGAACGAAUACGCAGAGGCUUUGAAGCAAGUCUUUGCUGCGCUCCAGAAUGUCUUCAUUUUCCGUCCGCUACUACCAUAUCUCACUGCAUUCGGGCCACCUUGGCUUCGACGUCGGCUCGCGGAGUGGGUCCCAUAUGCACCGUUCCAACGAGUCAAGACCCUGAUCGAUACCAUGGCCGUGCAUUCUGAGGCGAUAUUCAUUCAAAAGAUGUCAGCGAUGCGUGAAGACGCCGGCGCUGGAGAGAAAGAGGACAUCAUGAGUGUACUUGUCAAGGAGAACAAUGUAGCUUCCGACGAGGACAAAUUACCAGAUGGAGACAUAAUCGCGCAGUUGACGACGAUGACUCUUGCCGCCACGGAUACAACUGCUAAUUCUAUAUGUCGUGUCUUGCACCUUCUAGCUCAGCAUCCCGAAGCGCAGCAAAGGCUCCGUGAGGAAAUUGUUGAAGCGCGGCAGGGUAUUGAUCUGCCUUAUGACGACCUCAACCAAUUGCCCUACCUGGACGCUGUAUUGCGAGAGACCCUGCGGCUCUACCCUCCAGCAACUCUACUCUCCCGCGAGGCGUUGGAGGACACGGUUCUACCUCUAUCGCAGCCUAUUCGCUGCCCCGACGGGCGCUUCAUGCACGAGCUUCCCAUCGCCAAGGGUACGGAAAUAAUAAUGGGUGUCCUCGGCUCGAAUACGAACAAGGAACUCUGGGGCGAGGAUGCUCUCGAGUGGAAGCCUGACAGAUGGCUCUCCCCCCUACCAGAUGCUUUGAUGGAAGCACCUAUCCCAGGUGUCUACAACAAAUCGAUGUCGUUCUUGGGAGGGAAAAGGGCAUGCAUCGGAUUCAAGUUCGCCGAAACGGAGAUAAAGGCCGUGUUAUCGGUGUUGAUCCCUCAAUUCGCCCUCGAUGUCACCGAUAAACCCAUAAUGUGGAACGUCGCAACCGUCACUUACCCUACAGUUGGCUGGGAGAGUGACAAGCCGGAGCUCCCACUAUUUGUCACGCCCCUCAAUGAUGGCUCUCAGGGCUCUCGCUAGCAUCCCAAUUGUUGUUGUUGUUGUUGUAGUUGAUGUUGAUUCCAUUUAGUGUCGCUGAGGGCAACGCCCUAUAUAGACAUAGAACAUGAGUAUCUAUCCUACGUAGACCUUCGUCGACCUCGUUUCGCUGCGCAUGUCCGUAGCAUCCCAAUACUGUCCGCGCGGCUACUAUAUUGCGAUGAUGUGCAACACUGCCCCACACACUGCGUACAUUGUCUAUCACUUGUGCUUUUGAUACUGUACGUCCUACAAUUUCAACUCCAUCGAUCUCGUAACGGUGUCACUGGUGGACGCGGCCCCUUACCGCGAAGAUACUGUGUGACGUCCCAU